UCGGACAGGCCGGCCGGCUCGCAGCCCCUGGCUCCAGCGUCUGGGUCUGGCCCGCCAGCGCGGGCCCCGCGCCUCCAUGACACUGGGCGCCCGGUGCCCGGGGAGAUGCUGAUACGGAAGAGGCAAUGGCUGCAGUGCAGAGCGCCCGGCUGCUCCCGGUCCGCCGUCCGGCCUGGGCUGCUCUGUCAGAGUUUCUGAUCUAACGGCGAAGCCGGGGCCGUGGGCUGUAGCAGCGGCGCGGCGUUAGCGCCAGGGCACAGGCGGCGGAGGCGGCAGCAUCGUCCGAACUUGCGCGCACGGAGUGACCCCAGGCAUUUCACUAAAAUGAGCGUGCUUAGCAGGAAGAGAUGUGUUCCUUACACUAGAAAUUGCCCGGUCACAGGUAGUGGUGUCCCAAUUAAUGGAUUCUGACAUGGAUUAUGAAAGGCCAAACGUAGAGACCAUCAAGUGUGUUGUGGUCGGGGACAACGCCGUGGGCAAGACCAGGCUCAUCUGUGCCCGGGCCUGCAAUGCCACCCUUACCCAAUACCAGCUGCUUGCCACCCACGUACCCACGGUUUGGGCCAUCGACCAGUAUCGGGUGUGCCAGGAGGUGCUGGAACGCUCCCGAGAUGUGGUAGAUGAUGUCAGCGUCUCCCUGCGCCUCUGGGACACCUUUGGAGACCACCACAAAGAUCGGCGCUUUGCUUAUGGGAGAUCCGAUGUGGUGGUUCUUUGUUUCUCCAUUGCCAACCCCAAUUCCCUGCACCAUGUCAAGACCAUGUGGUACCCAGAAAUCAAGCACUUCUGCCCCCGAGCACCUGUCAUCUUGGUGGGCUGCCAGCUGGACCUGCGCUACGCUGACCUGGAAGCUGUCAAUAGGGCCAGGCGACCCUUGGCUAGGCCCAUCAAGCCCAAUGAGAUCCUUCCUCCAGAGAAGGGUAGGGAGGUGGCCAAGGAGCUGGGCAUCCCCUACUAUGAAACCAGUGUGGUGGCCCAGUUUGGCAUCAAGGAUGUCUUUGACAACGCCAUCCGGGCAGCACUUAUCUCCCGCCGGCACCUGCAGUUCUGGAAGUCCCACCUCCGCAAUGUGCAGCGGCCUCUACUGCAGGCCCCCUUCUUGCCCCCCAAGCCACCGCCCCCCAUCAUUGUGGUGCCCGACCCCCCCUCCAGCAGUGAGGAGUGCCCCGCCCAUCUCCUGGAGGACCCGCUCUGUGCGGAUGUCAUCCUGGUGCUGCAGGAGCGGGUGCGCAUCUUUGCCCACAAGAUCUACCUCUCCACCUCUUCCUCUAAGUUCUAUGACCUGUUCCUCAUGGACCUGAGUGAGGGGGAGUUGGGGGACCUCUCUGGGCCAGGGGGCCCCCAUCCAGAGGACCACCGGGGUCACCCUGAUCAACACCACCACCACCAUCACCACCACCACCACCACGGGCGGGACUUUCUGCUUCGGGCAGCCAGCUUUGAUGUGUGUGAGACCGUGGAUGAGGGUGGGGGCUCUGGGCCUACUGGACUCCGGCCCUCCACCAGUGAUGGAAUCCUGCGGGGCAAUGGGACAGGGUACCUGCCGGGGAGGGGUCGAGUGCUCUCUUCUUGGAGCCGAGCCUUUGUGAGCAUCCAGGAAGAGAUGACAGAAGAUCCUCUGACCUACAAAUCCAGGCUGAUGGUAGUGGUAAAAAUGGACAAUUCCAUCCAGCCGGGGCCCUUCCGAGCUGUUCUCAAGUACCUGUAUACAGGGGAGCUGGACGAGAAUGAGCGGGAUCUCAUGCAUAUUGCCCACAUCGCUGAGCUGCUUGAGGUCUUUGAUUUGCGCAUGAUGGUGGCCAACAUUCUCAACAAUGAGGCCUUCAUGAACCAGGAGAUCACCAAGGCCUUCCAUGUCCGCCGGACCAACCGGGUUAAGGAGUGCUUGGCAAAAGGCACCUUCUCAGAUGUGACCUUCAUCCUGGAUGAUGGGGACAUCAGUGCCCACAAGCCCUUGUUGAUUUCCAGCUGUGACUGGAUGGCUGCCAUGUUUGGAGGGCCGUUUGUGGAGAGUUCCACUAGAGAGGUGGUGCUUCCUUACACAAGCAAGAGCUGCAUGAGGGCAGUGCUAGAGUACCUCUACACCGGCAUGUUCACCUCCAGUCCUGACCUGGAUGACAUGAAGCUCAUCAUUCUUGCAAACCGCCUCUGCUUGCCACACUUGGUUGCCCUCACAGAGCAGUACACAGUGACCGGGCUUAUGGAAGCAACCCAGAUGAUGGUGGACAUCGAUGGGGACGUCCUUGUGUUCUUGGAACUGGCUCAGUUCCACUGUGCAUACCAGUUGGCUGACUGGUGCCUCCACCACAUUUGUACCAACUACAACAACGUGUGCCGCAAGUUCCCCCGAGACAUGAAGGCCAUGUCUUCAGAAAACCAGGAGUAUUUUGAGAAGCACCGGUGGCCACCUGUCUGGUACCUGAAGGAGGAAGAUCACUAUCAGCGGGCACGGAAGGAGCGUGAGAAAGAGGACUAUCUCCACCUGAAACGGCAGCCCAAACGGCGAUGGCUAUUCUGGAAUGGCCCCUCCUCACCAUCCUCUUCUGCAGCCUCCUCCUCCUCCCCAUCUUCCUCCUCGGCUGUGGUCUGAGAUGCUGCCACCUUCUUCUGACCCUGCUGCUGUUGUCCCCAUCUGCCCUUGCCCCUGCUCUUCUGCAUCUCCCCCUCCACCUUAUAGGGACAAGGGGACCCACAUAACCAGGACCCUAAGGGCGGAGCUGUUCUCACCAGCCAACAUAGCUCAGCAAGAGAGGAGCCAGGCCCUGUGGAUCAGGACAGGGACCACCUACAGAGGUCCUCAGUUUUAAGCAGGGUAGGAGACAACUGCUUGGAGGCAGGGAGCAGGGAAAGAGCUAAGAGCUCUGGCAUUUAAGCUUUGGGUUUGAGAGCCCUAGAGUCAAAGGGAAAAUCCUCCUAGCCACAAAGCUCCAGGGCUUGUAUGUGGGUCUUGGUCUGUACAGUAGCCAAGGAGGCAGCUCCCCUCCCAGUGAAGUGAGCAGGGAGGCUCCUGCCUCUACUGGUCAUGUUUUUCCACCAGUGGACUUGAGGGUUAUAAAUGUUUUGUGGGCAUUUCCACAUGGAACCUACUUAAGUCCUCACCUGAGAAGUCAGGGUAGAAAUUAGCCUUCAGAGACAACUCAAGGCUUCUAGAUCCUGGGGUACAGCUGCAAGAGACCACAGGUGGACAGGCUGACAUCCUGCCAGCAUCCCCCCAAGGGCUGAUAAAGCAUGGUAGAAAGUUGUUCAGAGCUCCAGGCCUAGAAGCAGUGCCUCUUGGUGCAAUGAGAAACUCCUCCCUCAUGCCCCCAGCCCCUACCCCUUAACUUCCCUCCAGUCACCUUCAAAUUUGGCUAAGGGAAGCAAAGGGAACAACUGGGAUAUGGGGAGGAAAAAAGAAGGGAGGUGAUGGGAAUCCGUGCCCACCAAUCCCAUGCUCCACUGGAAUCCUUCCCCUGCCUUUGGUUAGCACUGCUUUUUAUGGGGUGGGGCAAAAUUAGCAAAAAACAAAACAAAAAGAAACAAACGAAAAAAUCACCACCAGUGAAAACACUCUGUCCUCUUCCCUACAAAGAACGAAAAACAGAAAAAGACCCUGUUAUAGCUUACAUUUUUAUAAAGCCAAACAGAGGCACUCAUGAGACAAAGGUUUGGGUUGUAGACUCCACUUCGGUGCCCUUCAGGAAACUAUCACCAGUCCUGACGGAGGGUGCCCUGGCCUAGUUCGGCUGACUCUAAGGGGCAGUGCAGGCUCUUGGGCCCCAACAUGCUGCUGAUUGAGGACUUGAGGGGUGGUGGUGGCCUCUGGGCUUGAACAUAGCAUUAGACUGUAGCCUUUGCCCAUCUUGAGAAUGCAGGUGACCCUUUUCACCUUCAGAGGUAGACCCCAUAGGAUGUUUGUUGCAUGAAUGUUGGGGGUGGGUGGGUAGGAUCAAAGUCAGGGAAAAGGAACAGAGUCCCCUGUGACGAAUGAUCAUAGGACAUAGAGCCUUAACUAGUGCUGGUUUGGGGUAAAAAGGUAGGAGCAAAAGGGAGAGAAUAGAGCAGAAGCAAAAGUAAGAUUAAUUCAGAAAAGGGGAAAAAUUAAACAGUAGCUUGCAGGGCCUAUGGGGGCAAAAGUUGGGCCACAGUUGACCGUUCCCCCAUUUUCUAAUCUUGAUCAUACUUCAUUCCCCCUUUUUUUAGACUUAAAAGACUGUCUUACUGAUGAGAGGCAGAGCCAGGGCAGCAGUAAGGUCAUGGGUUCAGGGUUCAUCAUCUCAACUGAGAAAACCACUUUAAGGAAAGGUACUGGCUUUCAGUCCCAGUGUCCUGGGAUAGAGCAAAACCUGAAAUAUAGGCGACCACAGCAACGAUUUUUGGUGAAAAGACCAACAGAUUUGGGGUUAAAUCUUCAUCAAGAUGAGCAGGAGGCGGCAGGUCAAGCAGAUCUAAUGUGGUUGAGAACCAGUGUUGUCUGAGCACCAGGCUCUUCCAAGGCUAAAACUGCCUUCCUGUUUAAGUCCCUCUUCUGGGUGACUGGCCUGGAAGGUCAGGCGUGUGCUGCCCUCUGCUGGCUGAUCGGCCUACUUUCAGCUGAGGUCACAGUUGUUAACAUCAAGAGAGAGGAAGAAGAGCCAAUGAGUAAGGGCAGGAAGGGAGCCUAAAGGGAAGAGAGAAGCUAUGCACCUUGCACCUUUAUUCUGGGGAUGGUGUCAGAGGAGCCUGCACACCUGGGCCAAGGUGCCUGUCAGGAACUGUGAGUGAGGGGUAGGGUCGGGUCCUGAAGAACAAGGGGAAGGGGGACUCCCAGGCUGCUUGCCGACUGAGCAAUCUUAGUCCGUUAAUGAGGAUGGAGAAAAAGCCAAUGGGGGAGAGAAGGUGAAGGUUAGCCAAGGGGCUGGAGGAAGCAGAUGUGAGAGUGGCCACAGAACUAGCCCAAUAACCAGGGCCAGCUAACCCCUCAGGGAUCCACCGCCCUUUCCCCAACUGCUCUGUCAGAGCCAAUCUAUACUGCACUGGAGCCCAGCAGCCCCAGGUGCAACCCAGAGAAACAACCCUUGGAGGCUAUGGAGGAGCCAGGCCAAAGCUGAUGCCUCUUCUCCCCAGAAGGGAUGGACAGACAGCAGAGGGAGGGGGAGGAGGUGCUGAAUUCCAAUCCCCCAUGAACCUGCACUUUGAAAUUAAGGGGAAGCAAAAGCAUGAAACACCCAUGGAGGGGAAGCCUAAAGGCAUGAAGGGGAGAAGGGAAGCAGUGAGUUCCAGGGCAAGACUAUAUACCCCUGUACUCAUGUCAUUCAGAGCUGUUUCAGCAAGACUAUAUACCCCUGUACUCAUGUCAUUCGGAGUUGUUUUCAGCAAGAAUAUAUAUACCCCUGUACUCCUGUCAUUCAGAGUUGUUUCAGAGGGAGAAUG